AUGUCGAACGAAACCAAACAAACCAUCAACUGGGCGCCGUACGAGGAAGAUGUUAUUUCUUUCUACGUCACGCAAAAUCACACGAGGCAGGAGACGGUCACUUAUCUGCAAGAGAAAUACGGGCUAGACGUGAGCGAAAAGCAAUUCAAGAAGAAGUUCAGUGGUCACAAGAAUGUUAGCUUUGAAGAGUGGCAAGAAAUUAUCCCUCGGGUUCAGAAGAGGGCACUGGAAGGCAAAGACAGCCAAGUGUUCGUUCGCGGGAGGCCUCUAGAACCAAAACGACUGAAGCUGGGGAUCAAUCGCUAUUCAUCUAAAAUCGACGCAAGGAGUCCCCUAACUGUUGAACAGAGCUUCCAGGGCAGGAUCAACAUCGCUACGCCUCCAUCAGCUCCAUUGUCACCACCACCCGUCAGCUCGGAGCCUGCAAUAGACCAAGAGAUCGAGGAAAUAUUAAGAUCAGAGAUGCCAAUCGGACGAUGUCAAUCUCCCAUUUCUGGGUUGUAUCCAUUGCAGAAUGGAACGAGUCCCAAUUUCCAAUAUGGUACGUUGAACGGAAUUGAGGACUUCCCUGAGAAUUUUGAUGAAUUUCUGGAUCUUCAGCCUGAUAUGCCUCAAAUCCAUUGGUCCUCACCUGGCGCCGAUGAGCCGUCGAAUCUCGACCAAGAUAUAACCUUUGGAGCACCCGAACCGCUAUUCAUUAAUACUGUGGUUUGGCCUAUGCACGCUCAGAGUAACCCCUCUCCCUUUGACAAGUUUCCAACCAAUCUGUUGCAUGCAUUGCCUUGUUUCCAACUCAAAGAUUUCCUCUCAAGAAACAUCAUUAGCCCCCGAAUGUCGAAUGUACGAGGGUUCAUGCCUUGGCUCGGAGCUCCCACAGCUUUCGGAUCAUCACGUGAAUCUAUGAGAAUAAGCGUAUCGUCAAUUGAAUGUCAGGACGUACUCAUGAAUCUCUUGAAAAGCGGCUCUGGAAAUCAAAUUGGUGAGCUCGUACCCGCCUUUACAGUAGAACUGCAGAAAUUUCUACCGCAACGGCACAUGGGGGAGCUCAGUACCCAGGUCCAGAAGCUGUUCGAUCCAUCCCACAAUCAACCACUACAACCACUGUUGGAAAUUGUUGCCUACUUCUCUUCGAACAACUUGCUAUCGCGCCCUCAAAUGGAAACAUUUGUGAGAUGGGUGACCAAGCAAAAAUAUGUCGAUCCUCUCAAGCUGUUCCUUCAAAUCGACAAGCCCUCGGUCCGUGCAUUCAGAUCGAGGCUUCUAGAAGCCGCAAUCCAGGCUCAAGACCUCAGCUUCCUGAAACAAAUGCAUGUGGCUGGUGCGAAAUUCGACGAGUAUGCACAACAACUUAUGGCAAUUUGUGACUGUGACUUUUUGUUGUUUGUCCUAGCUCAUCUGGAUCCCGGAUUACUGAAGGGGCAAUCUUGGGGCCAGUUGCUCUAUACACAUCUCUCUGGGACACCAUAUAUUUCGGUUGUUCAAAAGCUGGUUCAGGCUGGAGCAGAAGUCAAUAUUCCUCUAUCACGGGAGUUUCCAACAUCGUCCCUUUGGGAAGCAAUCGACAAGAAAAGCCUGGAUAUUGUCAAAUGCCUCGUUGACGGAGGGGCGGACGUGAAUAAGGUUUCUUCCACAAAGCUUUCCCCCCAAGGCCGAAUUUCGCCUCUAGGCUUUGCACUAUACAAGAACCACCAGCCCAUCGUCGAAUAUCUCUUGGAUAAGGGAGCUGACAGCGCCGUUGAUGUGUUUUCGGUGCCACUUCUUGAAUACGCCCACGAAAAAGUCCCGGAAAUUUAUUCGAUAUUACUAAAGCGAGUUCCCAACGUGCCUGAUAUUAUGCCUUCGCAGAUCGUUUCCGCAGCGAGCUCUUCUCCGAAAGUCUGGUCAAACUUUCUCUCCCAGCAUCCGAAACUGUCAAAGCAAACACUGGAGAAAGCCUUAGUCGAGUCUUUAAAACUGCGAAUGACGAAGGCAGUGGUCAAUCUAUUGGAGCAUGGAGUUGAUCCAAACGGUUCUCAUCUUGGCGAAGGGUCAACAACCCCAUCAAGAGUUGUUAUGUAUAUGGAUACUGGCCAAACCAUGUAUCACUACCUGGAUCUCUUGAUUCACGCGAAGGUAGAUGUCAAUAAGGACGUGGACCACUACGAUCUCACUGAAAUUUUUGAUGAACGUAUUUUCGAUAAAUUUAUCGAAGGUGGGUUCGAUCUAGGUAGAUACGGCAACGAAGUCCUUGAACUCACUGCCGUCGAUUAUCCGGAGGCAGUACCAUUUUUACUCGAUAGAGGGGUAUUCAUUGAUGGUUAUGGGACCCGUUUUACGGCUCUCCAGGUAGCCGCAAAGGAAGGUGACAUCCAGUUGGUGAGACUUCUGAUAGAUCGAGGUGCUGACAUCAACGCGCCCCCAUUUGCUGUGAAAGGCCGUACAUCUGUGCAGGCAGCUGCCCUAUCCCACAGUAUGGAGAAAAUACGGUUGCUUUGCGAUCAUGGUGCAGACAUCAACGGGCCUAUUGCUCUUAUCGACGGAAUAACUACCCUUGAAGCGACAUUGCGACCUUGGGAACCGACUAAUGGGAAGGCCAAACCCAAUCAUUACUGGAAUACCACAUCAUCCGCUGGGGGCCAAAGAACGCCUCUUCAACUAGCCGCCGGAAAAGGCCAGCUUCAAUCUGUACAACUCCUGUUGGACUCAGGAGCUGGCCCAAACGAUCCACCGGCGUACAUGCAUGGUAGAACUGCUCUACAAGCGGCUGCUUCAUGUGAGAUGCCAAACAUGGAGUUGGUAAAACUCCUUCUCGACCAUGGAGCGGUGAUAAAUGCCGCCCCAGCAGCUAGCGGAGGAAUUACAGCCCUACAGGGCGCUGCAAUCAGAGGUCAUAUCAAUAUUGCACAGAUGCUCAUCGAAAAUGGCGCUGAGGUGAAUGCUCUUCCUGCACUCAAAGAUGGGAGGACUGCAAUUGAGGGCGCGGCAGAGCAUGGACGGUUGGACAUGGUGCAGAUGCUGCUCAACGCUGGUGCUACGGGAGAUGUCGUUGGCAACAAAAGAUUCACGCUAGCGAUCGGAUUGGCGAGGAAGAAUCACCAAUUUCAGAUAGUUGAGUUACUAGAAUCUCAAUAG